AUGGCGCGCACGAAGCAGACGGCGCGUAAGUCGACGGGCGGGAAGGCGCCCCGCAAGCAGCUGGCCACCAAGGCGGCCCGCAAGAGCGCGCCGGCCACGGGCGGCGUGAAGAAGCCGCACCGCUACCGGCCCGGCACGGUGGCGCUGCGCGAGAUCCGGCGCUACCAGAAGUCGACGGAGCUGCUGAUCCGCAAGCUGCCCUUCCAGCGCCUGGUGCGCGAGAUCGCGCAGGACUUCAAGACCGACCUGCGCUUCCAGAGCUCGGCCGUGAUGGCGCUGCAGGAGGCGAGCGAGGCCUACCUGGUGGGGCUCUUCGAGGACACCAACCUCUGCGCCAUCCACGCCAAGCGCGUCACCAUCAUGCCCAAGGACAUCCAGCUGGCCCGACGCAUCCGCGGUGAACGUGCAUAAACCGGUUUAGAACAUUACCAUGUUUAUUGAAAAAAUAUUUUAACCAACACAAAGGCUCUUUUAAGAGCCACUCCAUUCACAAUAAAAAGAGCUGUAACACUGCGAUAAAACCUUUUUUUCCUACUAUUUAUGUUAUAUUA